UUCUCCUCUCCUAACGAAACGUCUCAUUCUCUCUCAUAACGUUUGUCUGCCGUGUUAAAGUUGGAUUUGUUGUGCAGCGUUUUUAUGUUGUAUUGUAAAUCAAAUUAAAAUUUGAUACACUGUAUUAUCGAGUGGUGUUUUUUACUGAGUGGUGUGAUACGUAUCUUAAGAGCUAAUUUAUAAAUUAAGUUAUCGAUAAUUGUUUAUUGUAUCUGUCAGUCCAAUCCUAGCCUACAAUGGGCUCACAUAAAAAGCACAAGAAAGAUUCGAAGAAACGUAAACAUCGCGAGCGUGAUCGUAGUAGAUCGGGUUCAGUUGAAGAAGUAGAAAAGGAAAAGCGUCGUCAUAAGAAACAUCACAAGGAGAGGAAGAAAGAAAAACGUCCUAAACCUAGAAGUGAUGAAUCAUAUGAAAGUGAAGAUGAUGAUGUUAUCUUGGUACCACCCCCACCUCCACCGAAGAUAUCGCGGCCAGACACACCUCCUGUACCUCCACCACCUGUCAUCUCAGCCUUGUCAUCACCACCGCAAGCUCCGUCACCUCCUCGCAUCUCGUCCUCCUCUGACCAGAGUCUCAGCAUCGAGGAGACAAACCGUCUGCGAGCCAAACUGGGGCUCAAACCACUGGAGGUGGCUCAACCGACGGCUAUUAAGGGGGAGGAGAAAUCUGAGAAAACACUUGAGGGUGGGAUGGACAUGGGCGAGUUUGUACAUAAACCCGCUGAUAACAUUGCUGCCAAGUUGAAGUCUGAGAAACUGAAAGCAAAAUUGGCUGAGCGCAAGGAAAAACGGGCUCUUGAAGCGAAGUUGGCAAAAGUGAAGCGACUAGCUGAUGACAGUGAUGACGAGAGUGCGUCUGCUUGGGUAGUGAAAAACCGGAAAAUAACAGAAGAACGACUUAAAGCAGAAAAGAAAGCUAAAGAACUGGAUGAUAUGGAUGCGGUGUUUGGUGUGGGCGAACUGGUGGAGGAAGAGUUGAGAUCAUCACGCAAAGAAGCCUACACUGCCCGAGACCUGAGGGGCUUGCGGGUCGAACAUGAUGUUGAUGGAUUCACUGAAGGGAAAGAAAUUAUCUUGACACUGAAGGACAAAGGUGUAUUAGAUGAAGAAGACGAUGCUUUGGUCAAUGUCAAUUUGAUGGAUGAUGAACGCUACAAGAAGAACAUUGACAGAAGGAAACAGAAGCCCCACCAAUUCGGCUAUGAUGCGUACGGGGAAGAAGAAGAAGAGGAUGAGCGGUCUGUGCUUGGCAAGUAUGAUGAGGAGAUUGAUGGAGAAAAGAAAACCAGUUUUUGUGUCGAUGAAAUGCAGAAGAAGAAGGUGCAGGUUAAAUCCAAACUACAGUUGCAUAAGAGAGUUGAGAGCCUUGUGACGCCAGCCCUUCAGCUGGCCUCAGACUACUACACCGAACAAGAGAUGGUUAAGUUCAAGAAGCCCAAGAAAAAGGUACGCAAGAUUCGGGAGCGCAAAUCAAAGAUCCUGAAGGCUGAUGACCUGCUGGUUGACAAUGCGUCUGGUGGCAACACAGAGGACUGGCUGCGGGAGCUUGGCUCACGUCGAACACCACAGGUUAAUCUCAAACCUGACCCAGAUAACUUCGACAUAGACAGCUUUAACACAAAUGGUGAAGUUCCACCCGAGGCAGUUAGGGUAAAGGAGGAACCAGGUGAUGACCCAAUGGAUAUUGACGAUGUCCCAGACCUGAAUGAAGAUCUGUCCAAUAUCAAAGUGGAGCAAGACGAUAAUGAGCUCGAGAUGGCUCUCAGAAAAGCUCGGAAACUAAAGCAGAAAGAAGCAGCUGAAGCUUUAAAUAAUCCUGACAAGGUGGCGAGGAUGGUGCUGAGUGAGGAGAUGGGCUAUGGGGAGGCGGGGACCGGGGGGGGCUCUAUAGUUCUCAACUCCACAGCAGAGUUCUGCCGUACCCUGGGCGACAUACCUACCUACGGUCUGGCCGGCAACCGAGACGAGGACGCUCAGGAAAUGCUGGACUUUGAAAGAGAAAUAAAACAGGAGAGGAUGAAAGAGGAGUCGUCUGUUAAAAGGAGUGGUUGGAACGAUGUUGAAAUGGAUGAGCGGUUGGUGGAUAUCGCACAGUAUGAAGCUCCAAUACUGGACGCUGAACCCGACCUUGCAGCCGGUGUGGCAGGAGCCCUGCGAUUGGCAGUCAGCAAGGGUUACCUGGAGAAGGAAACCACCAAGCGGCCAUCAGCUUCCCGCCUACAGCAUCUACAGGCUCAGAAUUACUCCAUUGAAGACAAGGCUCACACAGAGGAUGACAAGUUUGGCCGUCGGGAGAGAUACUGCGGUCCUACCUCUGACUUCAAGGAAAAGGAUGGCUACAAGCCCAAUGUAAAAUUGGAUUACAUUGAUGACAAUGGACAUGUUCUCUGCGCUAAGGAGGCAUUCAGGUACCUGUCUCAUAAGUUCCAUGGGAAGGGGCCUGGCAAGAACAAGGUGGAGAAGAGAAUGAAGAAGGGAGAACAGGAAGUGCUGAUGAAACAAAUGAGCAGCACAGACACACCCUUGGGCACUCUGAACAUGCUGCAAGCCAAACAGCGGGAGACGCAAUCACCGUACGUGGUACUUAGUGGCAGCAAACAACUACACCAAACAGCAUCUAUUUCAAAAACCAAAUUGUGAAGAAUAUGGCGACCAGAAAGAAAUUUAUCAAUUUUGUUAUUGAAUAUUAUUGUACAAAUAUUUGUUAGUAUAUAG